AUGAAUGCAUUUGCCGUGUCCUGCCGGGGGUCGCAGAAGUCGACAGGGGACGAGGGCGACUCAUCCACAGAGUAUCGUCUUCGAAUCAAAGACGCCUUGAAACCAAUCUUCUUUCACAUGCUUAGAGUCCGAAUCCUCUCGAAGUUCCUCCUGGCCAACGUGCAUGACAUCGUCACCGUUAGGCGUGGCAGGGGCCUACCAUCAGGGCCUUUGCAAUCUGCCCUGACCCGCGCUGCGUUGGUGCAGAUCAGAUCAUCCAGCUGGCCACACCGCGGGUUCUCCAGGGCACGGUUUCUGACAGGCCCCGACGAAGGUUACCGGGAUGUCCCAGCCCGCCCUCAACAGCGACUAUAUACGCUAGGGGAGCUGCAGGUGCAGGGCAGCCACGGCAUAGAACAGGGCCGCAAAGGUCCUGGCACCGUCCAGGAGGGCAUGGACGCCUCUUUUUCCGCCACACUGCUCAUCCCGUGGAUGGAGCCGCAAUCCCUCCGGAGGAAGUGUGCUACCACCCGGAAGCCGGCUUACUUCCCCCAGGCUCCAACGGUCUCGACCUUUUCCGGUAGCAAGAUGGGAAACACGCCGCAGAAGAUCUAUCCUCCGGCCAAUCUCCCUUUGGUGUAA